AUGGGCUACAAUAAGACUUACAUUCAAGAGAUAGCAGAUUCAGUCAGGCACAGUGUGAGUGAGUAUGAGCAAAAGAUGACGCAUGGAGGUUUUGCCUUCAAAAAGAUGUUCACAGUAGAUCUUUUACUGUUUGUGUGUGAUGUUGCGAGAAAAAGAUUUUCAGAACUUCAUACACAAUUCCAAAAAGAUAAUGAUGUCUUAAUCUACCUGGAGGAUCAGAGAGUUCACUACUACAUGGUCUUCAAGGGUUUUUGUCAAGGGGCACAAUCACAUGCAGUGCUUGGAGACUUCAUAUGCAGCAAACUGGAGCUGUCCAUCAAGCAGGCUGUGUAUGACCAAACUGCUAUUGAUUUAGCAGCUGAAAUGCAGUCUAAUAUUCCUGCAUUCAAUGGGAAUAGGAGUAAGCUGGAGGGACACAUUCUUAUCUCUUUAGCAGAGGAGGAGAAUUUUGACAAGUUCCUGAAAUACCUUCACAAUCCAAAGAAACACUUCAAGGGCUUCAUAACAGAGCAGGAUGCCAACAUGUGGCUGAGGGAUUUUUCUGAAGAACUAAAAGACGAACUUAAGUUUUCCGAAAAGUCUUGUUCCUGUGUUGAUGCCUCUGAGAUCAAUGAUUUUGAAUUUCUUGAAGAGGUAGUUCGUAAAGGUCUAGACAAUAUUGUGCCCAAACUCAGUGAAAGUUUCAGCCAACUGACUCUCCUUCAACCUGAACAGUUUCGAAGAAGACCCGAUGAAAUUUUGAUUGAACUUUUCUGUAAGUGUUGCUGGGUCCAAUGUCCUUUCUGUAAAGCAAUCUGUACCGUCACCAUGGAAGAUCAUCCCAAUGAUCACAGUGUCCCUUUCCAUCGCACAAAUGGAUUAAAUGGAUGGCAUUUCACAGGUACAAGAACCCUAUGUGUAAGUUUCUGUACAACUGCUGUAGCAAGUGAUCGUGAGUUUUAUCCAUCACAUGACAGUGAAGUGUUAAUUCCUUACAAAGAAUAUAAAAAGGCUGGGCCAAGAUAUGCCAGCUUGUCCAUCACUCCUGACAACUCUGAACUACCUUAUUGGAAGUGGUUCAUAUGUCGAUUUAAAGAUGACUUGGAAAAAUGCUACAACAAAAAGUUCCAAGGACAAGGAGAAAUUCCUAAGGAGUGGAGCAAGUACACGAAAGAGCAAGCCAAGAAGAGCUUAGACAUGGGUACUUAG